CUCUCUCUCUCUCUCUCUCUCUCUCUCUCUCUCGCACACGCAUGUGCAAGGGCGGCGCUGCCCCGCACUUGCCGCCAGCAGCGCUCUGAUUCAUCGCGCAUUCCGCCCCGAGCGUCUCCUUUAAAAGCCGCGGCGGCAGCGCAGCGCCGGGAGCAGAAAGCCGCAGCGCCCGCCCAGCGCCCGCAGGACCCUCGCAAGACCCUCGCAAGCGGCGGGGGAGCGCCGCCGCCCAGCCCGCCGCGCCGCGAUCAUGCUCGUCCGGCAGGCGCCCUUCCUGGCGCCGCUGCUCGGCGCUUGCGUCCUGCUGCCGGCCGUGUCCGCCGCCGGCCUCUACUUCAAGGAAGGGCAGAGCUGCUACCGGCCGCUGCCGCGCAGACCUGCCGGGGUCAGAACCUACCGUCGCCCGCAUGAAUAUUUGGACGUAUCCACACUGCCCAAGAGCUGGGACUGGCGAAAUAUCAAUGGAGUCAAUUAUGUGAGCACCACGCGCAACCAACACAUCCCACAGUACUGUGGGUCAUGCUGGGCUCAUGGAAGCACCAGUGCCCUCGCAGAUCGCAUCAACAUCAAGAGGAAAGGCGCUUGGCCCUCUGCUUACCUCUCAGUUCAGCAUGUGAUUGACUGUGCCGAGGCUGGGACCUGCCAUGGUGGAGACCAUUCAGGCGUGUGGCAGUACGCCCACACCCACGGCAUCCCUGACGAGACCUGCAACAACUACCAAGCCAAAGAUCAAAAGUGCAGGAAGUUUAACCAGUGUGGAACGUGUGUUACUUUCCAACAAUGUCACCUGAUAAAGAAUUACACCUUGUGGAAAGUUGCUGAUUAUGGCUACCUCAGUGGGCGAGAAAAGAUGAUGGCUGAAAUCUAUGCCAAGGGACCCAUCAGCUGCGGAAUCAUGGCCACUCCGAAGCUGGAAGAAUACACUGGAGGACUUUAUGCUGAAUACUCCCCAGGUGCUUCAAUAAACCACAUUGUCUCUGUUGCUGGCUGGGGAGUAGAAAAUGGGACCGAAUACUGGAUAGUCCGGAACUCCUGGGGCGAGCCGUGGGGUGAACGUGGCUGGCUUCGAAUUGUGACGAGCGCAUAUAAAAGAGGAAAGGGCGGAGACUACAAUCUGGCCUUGGAAGAGGACUGUGCUUAUGGAGACCCCAUACUUCCCUGAGUCGGCAACUGUCAUGCACUCAUGCUUUUGAAAUGAAAGAGAUUUGCAAAAGACUUUCUUCUUAAGAAAGGGAAGGAUAGGUUUUCGGCAACACGCAUGAAUGAUGAAAUCAGCACAGGCAGAUCUGUGCAUUUGGUAAUUUUUUGAUUCAAACUGCAAUUAGCAUCCUCAUGGAGAGACAGAUAUUGAUUAUGCAGAUAGAAAGAGGGUUCCAUUUGGCCAUGCAUUUGUUUAGUUUCUGCUUGACAGUUUUUACUUUUGUCAGUGGUGACAGACUGUGGUACUGGCUUUCCAGUUCAUGUGGAUGUACGGACCCGAACUCAGCUGGGGUCGGAUUAAGCAUGAAUCUGAAAAACCCACACACAGUCUAACAGUGUACCUUGCGGCUGAUGUCGCCUUUAAAUUCCAUUGCCUCAUCCUGGGAGCAGAGCUGAGGAGCUGAACGGUAGUGCCUUGUACAGAAGGCAGUGCAGCAGACAGCCGGUGUGGGAAGGUGGUUAGAGGGUUGCACUGGGGGCCUGGGAGGUCCAGGGUUUAGUCUCCGCUUAGCCAGGGGGCUCACUGAGUGAUUUUCAGCCAGUCACAUACUUUAAGCCUAACCUACCUCACAGGGUUGUUGUGUGGAAAAGAUGGAUUGAAGGCGGACCAUGUCAGCCACCUUGCAUUUCCUGCAAGGGGAAAAAAGGCAGAAUAUAAAUGCAAUGUACUAAUCA